CGAGGGAAAGGAGAAAUAAAUUUAUCAGUUUCAUGUUCAAUUUGUAUUCUCUUGACCCCAAAUAACUCUCAACAGUGCAAUCAUGAAUCAAACGAAAAGUUUCUCUUCACUUCAUUCACUUUGAUGAUUAACUUAAAUUUGUUUUCAAACACACAUCAGAAAAGGGUUAUUAAUACAUUAUAAAAACAUUUGGUUUUUUGAAAACAAAAAGCGCUCUCAUCGGUGCGAAAAACAAAUUGUGUGAUAUUAAAUAAACUCUUCGUUAAUUUGUUAUUGUCAUUGACGCGGCUUGAAAUCACUUUGUGAAAGAAAAAGUCAAGUUGUGAGAAAAUUUUUCAAAAGGAAAACUCACUUCAAACGACGACCAGGCUUUUGUUGAUUUGUGAAAACAAACACUUGAGGCGAGUGUCAGCGAGAAAAACGCGCAUCACAAUUUAGAUUGAAAGACAUAAAAAUAUUGUAGCGAUUGAAGACAUUAAAACAAUAAACAAAUUGCUGUCGCUUCUUCGGAUGAGUCAAGUGAUACUUUGUGAGUGUUGUGACUGAUUUUGACUAAACUUAAAUUGAGUGGUGAAAUGAGAAGACAAUUUCCAAAUGGGUUAAAUGUUUGCUAAAAUGCAUCAAAAAUUCAAUAAAAUUUACUCGCUUUGCUUCCUGCUGCUUUCCUUUCGUCUUCAAAAUACUUUCGGUUCUGAACUUCCAAAGAUAGUGGAGCAUCCAUUAGACGCUGUUGUGCCAAAACACGAUCCAGUCACGUUAAAUUGCAAAGCCGAAGGUGUUCCAACACCAACAAUUUCAUGGUACAAAGAUGGUCAAGCGCUUAAAAUUGGGACGGGACAUCAAAUGUUCCUUCCAUCUGGCGAUUUAUUCUUCCUGAAAGUGGUUCAUUCACGUCGCGAAAGUGACGCUGGUGUUUAUUGGUGUGAAGCAAAAAACGAGCUAGGAACAGCAAGAAGUCGUAAUGCUACAUUACAAGUUGCCGUUCUUCGUGAUGAGUUUCGUCUCGAUCCACAAAAUACUCGAGUCGCACAAGGCGAAACUGUAAUGUUGGAAUGUGGUCCACCAAAAGGAUCACCCGAACCAAUUGUGACUUGGCGAAAAAAUGGACAAACAAUGGACUUGUCGAAUUCCAAAAGAAUUCGCAUUGUCGACGGCGGUAAUUUAGUGAUACAAGAAGCUCGACAAUCAGACGAUGGACGUUAUCAGUGCAUCGCUAAAAACAUUGUCGGCGUAAGAGAAUCCGAUGUUGCUUAUUUAAAAGUUCACGUAAAACCGUUUCUGAUUCGAGGCCCUCAAAAUCAAACUGCAGUCACUGGCAAUUCCGUUGUGUUCCAAUGUCGCGUGGGUGGCGAACCUUUACCCGACGUUCUUUGGAGGCGGACAGCGUCAGGUGGAAAUAUGCCUUUAGGUCGUGUUCAUAUUCUGGAAGAUCGAAGCUUGAAAAUUGAUGACAUAACAAUGGAUGACAUUGGCGAGUAUAGUUGUGAAGCUGAUAAUGCUGUUGGGACAAUUGUGGCAUCUGGAACACUUCUUGUUCAUUCUCCACCGACUUUCGUCAUUCGACCGAAAUCACAAAUUGCUGAGCUCGGAUCUGAAGUGAUUUUCGAGUGUCAAGCAAAUGGUUAUCCAGAACCAACAUUGUUUUGGACAAUUGAAGGCAAUCGAUCUCUGAUUUUGCCAGGAACGAGAAUGAAGAACGUUGAAGCAUCAUCAACAGCUGAUGGCGGAAGUAUUUUAUCAAUUGAUGAGAUUGACAGAGCUGACAAUGGAAAAGUUGUCGUUUGUAGUGCUGUGAACAGUGUUGGCAGUGUCAGUACUCGUGUCGUGCUUUCUGUUAAUCUCCAAGAUGAUUCACCACCCCCGCUAAUCAUUCAAGGGCCGAUGAAUCAAACUUUGCCAAUCAAAUCUGUCGCUUCUUUGCCAUGCAAGGUUUCUGGCAAUCCACAACCAAUCGUGAGUUGGUACAAAGAUGGAAUUCCAGUGACAACAUCAGAGAAAAUCUCCAUCGACACAAACGGUCUCUUGACAAUCAAAGAUUUGAACAAAAAUGAUGACAGCGGUUUGUACACUUGUGUCGUAAGCAGUAAAAGUGGAAAAUCUACUUGGAGUGGUUUCUUGAAGUUGGAGAAUCCAACAAACCCAAAUAUCAAAUUUUAUCGGGCGCCAGAGUCAACAACAUUCCCUGGAACACCAGGAAGGCCGAUAAUUAUCGACAAAACUGAGAACAGCGUCACUCUUCAAUGGAUCAAAAGCAAUGCGAUGGGUUCAUCGAGUUUAAUUGGCUACACCAUUGAAAUGUUUGGUCGGAACUCAACAGAAGGCUGGGUUCAAGUUGCCAAUCGAGUGAAAGACACGACUUAUGAAAUUAUCGGAUUGUCUUACGGUGUUCCUUAUUACUUUGCUGUACGUGCUGAAAAUUCUCAUGGCGUGUCGGGACCAAGUCAAUUAUCCGAACCCGUAACAAUAGGCGUGGAUGAUUCUGGUUCAAGUUUGGAUUUGAGUGAAGCACGAGCGAGUUUGUUAUCAGGCGAUGUCAUCGAAUUAACGAAUGCUACAUCGUUUGACUCGACAAGUACAAAGUUGUCAUGGGAUAUCAUAAAUGGAAGAUACGUGGAAGGAUUUUAUAUUUACGCUCGAAAUAUUGAUGAAAACGAACAACCAUCAUAUAAAAUGCUGACAGUUCUUAAUGCUGGCAGUGGAGCUUCAUCAUGCAAAAUUAGCGGAUUAGAAAAAUUCACCACGUAUGAAUUUUUCGUUGUGCCUUUCUACAAAGUGGUUGAAGGGAAACCAUCAAACUCAAGAAUCGCUCGAACACUCGAAGAUGUUCCAACUGAAGCUCCAUUCAGCAUGGAAGCGAAAUUAUUGAACACUUCGACGGUCUACGUUAAAUGGAAGGCUCCAGCUGUCAAACAUCACAAUGGAAUCUUAAAGUCAUACAACGUGAUUGUGCGUGGCGUGAAUAUUUAUGAGAACGUUUCGAAAGUGCUAACGAACAUUACGAUUGACUCGACGAGUUCAUCAAUUAUGUUGGCGAAUUUAACCGAGGGUGUCACUUAUACUGUGAGUGUUGCUGCUGUUAAUCGAAUUGGAUUUGGACCUUACAGUCAACCAGCGAUUCUGAGACUCGAUCCUGUUACAAAGAAGCUUGACACUUCGUUCACGUAUCGCUUCCCACUUAACAAUGAACACAUGGACGACUUCUUAACUCAACCAUGGUUCAUUAUUCUCCUGGGCACAAUUCUCGUCAUUAUGAUGCUCUCAUUCAGCGUCAUGGUUUACAUAAAACGAAAGCACAUAAUCAUGAAGCAAUCUCCAUUCAAUGGUCUCGCAGCAAUGAUGAUGAUGAUGAUAAUGAUGGUUUUGUGUGGAAGUUUGAAUGUGAAGAGGGAUGAAGAUNAUGCUUCCCCCCCCCCGCUAAUCAUUCAAGGACCGAUGAAUCAAACUUUGCCAAUCAAAUCUGUCGCUUCUUUGCCAUGCAAGGUUUCUGGCAAUCCACAACCAAUCGUGAGUUGGUACAAAGAUGGAAUUCCAGUGACAACAUCAGAGAAAAUCUCCAUCGACACAAAUGGCCUCUUGACAAUCAAAGAUUUGAACAAAAAUGAUGACAGCGGUUUGUACACUUGUGUCGUAAGCAGUAAAAGUGGAAAAUCUACUUGGAGUGGUUUCUUGAAGUUGGAAAACCCAACAAACCCAAAUAUCAAAUUUUAUCGAGCGCCAGAGUCAUCAACGUUCCCUGGACAACCAGGAAAACCGCAAAUAAUCGAAAAGACUGACAAUAGCGUUACAUUAUCGUGGGUUCGAAGCAAUGCAAUUGGAGCUUCCAGUUUGUUGGGUUAUUCUGUGGAAAUGUUUGGAAGGAAUUCAACAGAAGGAUGGGAACAAGUUGCUAAUCGAAUACAAAACACAACCUAUAAAAUUAUCGGAUUAUCGAACGGUGUAUCUUAUUACUUUGCUGUACGUGCUGAAAAUUCUCAUGGCAUGUCAGGACCGAGCCAAUUGUCGGAACCAAUUACGAUAGGAGUGGAUGAAUUAAAUUCUGAUUUGGAUUUAAGUGAAGCACGAGCCAGUUUGCUGUCGGGCGAUGUUGUUGAGCUAAUUAAUGCCACAUCUGUUGACUCAACAAGUAUGAAAUUAUUGUGGGAGAUUAUAAACGGAAAAUACGUGGAGGGAUUUUACAUCUACGCUCGAAAUGUUCUUGAUACCACAUCAGAAAACGAACAACCAUCAUAUAAAAUGCUGACAGUUCUUAAUGCUGGCAGUGGAGCUUCAUCAUGCAAAAUUAGCGGAUUAGAAAAAUUCACCACGUAUGAAUUUUUCGUUGUGCCUUUCUACAAAGUGGUUGAAGGGAAACCAUCAAACUCAAGAAUCGCUCGAACACUCGAAGAUGUUCCAACUGAAGCUCCAUUCAGCAUGGAAGCGAAAUUAUUGAACACUUCGACGGUCUACGUUAAAUGGAAGGCUCCAGCUGUCAAACAUCACAAUGGAAUCUUAAAGUCAUACAACGUGAUUGUGCGUGGCGUGAAUAUUUAUGAGAACGUUUCGAAAGUGCUAACGAACAUUACGAUUGACUCGACGAGUUCAUCAAUUAUGUUGGCGAAUUUAACCGAGGGUGUCACUUAUACUGUGAGUGUUGCUGCUAUGACUGAUGUUGGCUUGGGGCCUUAUGGAGCGCCAAUUAUAAUGCGACUUGAUCCUGUUACAAAGAAGCUUGACACUUCGUUCACGUAUCGCUUCCCACUCCACAAUGAACACAUGAAUGACUUCUUAACUCAACCAUGGUUCAUCAUUCUCCUGGGCACAAUUCUCGUCAUUAUGAUGCUCUCAUUCAGCGUCAUGGUUUACAUAAAACGAAAGCACAUAAUCAUGAAGCAAUCUCCAUUCAAUGGUCUCGCAGGUCCAACGGCUGGCGGCGCUGUAAAAAUUCCGAACAUGCCCGAUGGCGAUGGAUAUUGGCUUGAUCCAUCUGGAACGCUUUGGAGAACAAAUCAUCGAGGAAAAGGCAAUCAUAUUCCAGAUUAUGCUCCCGUUCGUACAUCAACGACAACAACGACUCUUCCCAUAGAGGAUGAAACCAGAAAUCGAUUUAUGGGUGAAUAUACUGACUACCCAGCUGACUAUGCUGAAGUGUCAUCAUUCCGAAGCGGACAACAAUCACCAGCACCCUACGCGACAACCACUUUAAUUGGCAGUUCAAAACUCGCUCCAAGCGAUGGACGUCGUUACAACAUGUUCUACACAACGGAAGCUUAUCCGCCAGCGAAUUCAACUGUUGUCGGUGUACCAAGUCAAAACAACAACAGCAAUUACAACAAAAGUAUCCAUUCGGAAUCAUAUUGCAAUCCAAACAAUAACAAUAAUAAAAUGAACAUUGUGGAGAAUCGAAUGGCGAACACAAUGAUGCCAAAUAUGUUUAAUCAACAGCAUAUUAACUCCAAUAAAAGUGCAUCUAAUAAGCGUAAUCGUCUGAAACUUAUGAAACCACAAAAUUUCCGAAUUAAUUUUGGCGGCAGUCAGGGUGAACAGCUUUAUGUAAAAGUCGGUGAUAUCAAAUCACAUAGUCAAGCAUCAAGUUUAGGUCAGCAAACGCCACAAUCGCAAAAUGGUUCAAUUGAUUGGAGUCAACAUAACUUCAACAUCUACGAGAAUCAGUUACAUAAUAUGACAAACGAAGCAUCAGUCAAUGAUCCCGAGAAAGAGUUCACUUAUUCGGGUAAUCGUAGCAUAAUGAGCUAUACGAGUUCAAAAGAUUUCCCUGAAAAUGUUUAAAACUUGCACAGCUCAGGAAAAUCUAAAAAAAUAAAAAAGAAAACUUUUACUUUGCUCACGAGAAAAAUUCUUCGAGAAAGAAAUGUAGGAUGAAAACUGUUAAAUAUAGUUUCAGUGUUAAUGCUUCCACAAAAUCUAAUUAUCGUAACUCAACACUAAUUAUUUUCCAAGCAUGUUUAAGAAGCUUGUAAAUUGUAAUUUCUGCAGAGUGUUACUCGCUAUGGAAACCACCUCCAUUGCUGUAGAAACUUUCUCAAGCUUCUGAAAUCUUCCAUGAUUGCUGAAUUGACGCACAUGAUCUUUAUUUAUUACAAC